AUGCCCUGCCCGCGGUGCCUCCCGACGCCAGAGGCGCUCCCUGCCCUCCCUACCCUCGGAGGAAGCGGCACCCGCGGGCCGGAGGGCGCCUCCCCUGCCCCUGCCCGAGCGCCGGGAGAAGAAAGCGGCCCUCGCCCCCGCCCCUUCCCCGGUAGCGGCAGCGCCCAGCUGCUGCGGUGGCCGCCAGCGCCCAGCCGCCCGCCCGCUCGCCGCAUUCCUCCGUGGCUCCGUUGCCCGGUCAACCAGGACGUGCCGCCGGGCCUGCAGGGGGAGUAUCCCCCCGGCAUCCCCGCACCUGACCCUCGGCGAGGCGGAGGACCCCUGGGCGCCGCUGGGCUGGGGCUGGCGGCACCGGCUCACCCCUCCCGCGGCGCCACCCGCUCACCCCCUCGCCGCUCCUGCUGCGACUCCCGCCGCUCCGCGACCUGGGAAGCGGCGACAGCGCCGCGGCCGCUCCCGGCCGGCGCGCAGGCACCUCGCGGCUCCGCGGCGCGGCCAAUGAGGAGCCGCCCUCUCCCCUCGCCGCGGCCUCCCGCGGCCUCCCGCCGCCGCCCCCGCCGCCGGGUGCCCCGGCCAGGUGUGCCCGACCGGCUUCCCGGUGCGCCGUCCCGCCCGGCACGGCCCGGGAACCGCCGGCGGCGGGACCCGCCCACCGCGGGUCUGAGGGCGGCUCCCGAUACGGCCAUUGUGUGCGCGCCCGCCGGCCACGCCCUCCCGCAGCCCGCGGCACCGCCGGGCAGGGGGGCUGGGGCCGGGGACAGCCGAGGGGCUGGCGGCCGCUGCCAUCCGCCCACCCGCUGCCAGCACCCUGCUCCGCGAAAAAGCAGUCCUGGCUCCCGCCCCGUCCGGAGCCCCCGGGCCGCCGCCAGCAGUGGCGAGCUCAUCAGGGCAGUGCAGCCUGGCACAGGCACCCGCCUCGGGCACAGCGAGCGGUGGCCGCUGCCGCCGCUCGGGCACCUCAGAAAGCGAACGCUUACGUGCCAUUUGCAGGUAUUCUCUUACCAGGCCACAAAAAUGAGCCUUUUUUUUUAA